UUUUAUUAACUUUUUCUAUUUUAUAGUUUGACUUAAAUGAUUUCAAAAACAACCCAGAAUCAAAGCUGAGAGUGAAAAUCAGUGGAGAUGGUGCUAAGAUGACAAGGCUCACCCAUUUUGUGAUUAUGUCAUUUUCUAUUCUUGAUAAUGAUGAUGUUAUGUCCUCAAAAGGAAACUACACAUUGGCUGUUGUUAAAGGAGAGGAAAGUUAUGAUCUCCUAAAAUCUUCUUUUAAGGAUCUGUUUCAUGCCAUAAAUAAUAUUAUUAAAGAAAAGAAAGUCAGGGUUAAUGAUAUUGACAUACCAGUUGAAAUAUUUCUUGGAGGGGACUACAAGUUUCUAUUGUUGAUUAUGGGUAUGAAGGGUGCUACUGCAGACUAUGCUUGUAUUUGGUGCACCAUUCACAAAAGCAACAGGCAUGACAUGUCAAAACCAGAGAAAUUCUACCUUCAGGAAGAGAAUGCAAGAACUCUUAACAAGAUCAAAGAAGACUACAAGACUAGGAAGCUUUCAUGUGAACAUCAACCCUUGCUGGACAUCGAACUAGAUAAUAUUGUUAUAGAUGAACUUCACCUUAUGCUCAGAGUGACAGAUGUUUUGACUAAAAAUCUAGUUACAGAGGCAAUUGAAUGGGACACAAAAGAAAAUUUAAACAAAGCCCCAAGUCAAAGAACAAACACCCAUCUUGAUCAGUUAAAAGAAGUAAUAAAUAGCUGUGGUGUUUCUUUUAAUGUGUGGGAAAAAAAGAAUGGAGAUGGUAAAGGCAGUGGAAUUUAUGAUUUUACAAGUCUUAUGGGGUCAGACAAAAAGCUACUUCUUGAAAGUCUCCCAUCCAAGCUAAAGGGCAUAAUAAAGCCAACCACAAGUGAUACUGUGAUUAAACUCUGGAAGGAUUUUGGUGAGCUCUAUGGCAUAAUCAAUGCAAAAAUAACCUCUGACACAGAUAUCUCAAAGUACUUUAAAAAGGCAACCCAAUGGAUCUCCCUGUUUACUUCAAUUGGAGGGACAUCUACCGGAUACCAGAAAGCUAGAGUUACCCCUUAUAUGCAUGGUAUGGUAUAUCAUGUUCCUCACUUCAUGAGAAAGCACACAGGAGUAAAGCAAUUUACAGGUCAAGGUGUGGAAAAAAAUAAUGAUGAUUGUAGAAGGAUUCAUCUACAAAAAUCCAAUAAAUGGGAUGCUGCAAAAGAUGUUUUGCUUGUAAGCAAAAGACUUGAGGCUCUGGCCUCAUAUGAAAGAACCCCAAGAUCCUAUCUWAAGAGAAAUGCAGAAUACUGGGGAAAAGAAAUUAAGGAAAAGCGGGCCAAACAAAAAUUGUCCACAAAAACCACAAGAAUGUGUGAAGAGGARGAGCCAAACACAGAAAACAUGUCACCAAAACAGUUAAAAGAUGCCCUUAAACAAAUGGGUGUCAUUACACGUGUAAGAAAUGUAAAGCGUCUACAAGAAUUAUAUGUUGAUGCUAUGAGAGAACAACAAAAAUAG